UCUCUCCUCGUGCAGACGACGCGGACGCUGGACCGUCCGCCGCGCGCGAAAAAUUUGCUUUCCCGUAUUUGCACAUUCCUUUAUCGUGUUAUUACUUUUAUUUUUAUUGGGGCCACGUGUCUUCAGGUGUUGCUAGCAUUCGCGAGUGUCACAGCGUGCACCAACUGUGCAUGUCUCAUCGGUUCCCGCGACUCGUCCGUCCCUGUUCCUCUUGUGAGAACAAGUAUCGCUGGAAAACUCAACCGUGUUACGCACCUACUUCCUCUGGAAUACUUCAUCUGGGAAACGCCUGAACGUCAAUUCUCCAGGAUUCGUUUCCGACGACCGUACGAGUCUGACGUGUUUCCCAAAUUUCUUUGUUUGGUCUUCACUGCACUGUUUUACUGUCAUGCCAUCUGGACUUGCCCUUCUGGUAGCUGCCUGGCUGCUAGUCCUAGUUCGUCGUGCGGGUUCGGACGAUCUGGUACCUGACCUCUGCAACCUUAUUGACCAGCCCAUGUACUGUCGUUGCGACGCCAAUGACAUGGAUGAAGUUGCCGAAGUCACCUGUUACGUGGGACGGAAACUUCCGGUGGAUCAUAUUGUCUUUCAGUCGUUCGAACGGCAACCGAGUGUCGUUUCUGUAGCGUUCACGGCGUUCGGUAGCGAAUAUAAGCUCGACUUUGUGCCAACGUUGGCAUUGCUCCACAUGCCACAAAUCGAACGUGUCAAGAUUUCCCAAGCGGAGCUCGGAGACGUCAAGCCACACGCGUUUCACAACCUGUCGCAGCUCGCGGUCCUCUCACUGGACUCAAACGAGAUCACCAGCUUAGACGCAGACGCCAUCGCGGACCUUCCGCGCCUCAAGAAGCUCGAGCUCGCCGACAACAAGCUGAGAAGGCUGCGGGCCGGCUCCCUCAAGAACCUGCCUUCCCUGACGCAUCUGUUCCUCGAGCGCAACCAGCUGGAAUUGGUGGACGACGGCGCGUUCGAAGACCUGGGCUCCCUUCGCGAGCUGGAGCUGAGCGACAACGCGAUCCAGAAGCUAAGCGAGCAAAGCUUUCGCGGUCUGGCGCGCGUAGCGAGGCUCGACCUGUUCCGCAACAAGCUGACGCGCCUCGAGGCCCGCGUGUUCAGCGGCAUGCCCCAGCUGGCCGAGUUGGACCUCAAGUACAACGAGCUGUCCGAAGUCGACCCGCUGGCCUUCGAAGGGCUGCCGCAACUGACGGUGCUCUACAUGUCGUACAACCGACUGCGCGUGCUGCCCGCGAACAUGUUCCGCGGGGCUCCCAACCUGGUGUCCGUGGACCUGUCGCAGAACCAGCUGCUCACGAUUACCUGGAGGACGAUCCAGGACCUGGCCAAGAUUGACGCCGAGUCCUUCGACAUGAGCCUCACCGGCAACAAGUUCAGCUGCGACUGUCGGCUGGCCUGGAUCCUACACCUGGAGAAAGCCACGCGCAAUGCAAAGUUCCGGCGAGAACUGCGCCACGUCAAGUGCGAUUUCGAAGAAGCAUCGGCUUCCAACAUGACCGGCGGCAGCAAAGUGGUCCGGUUAAGCCUGAAACAGCUUGGAUGCACGGAAGACUACGAACGACCCGCACUGGGCGAUAUUUCGCUCACAACUGACGACACUCCGGCGUCCGGGAUGUCUUCCGCGCGUCCUUACGACGAUGACGAUUAUUACGACGUCAGCGAUGACGAAGCAGAGGGAGACGAAAGAGACGAGAAUUCGCCCGGAUCGCCGCCGCAAGGCAGGCACCAGUCUCGAGAAGAGAUACACACUGUAACGAACGAAGUCGAUGUCAUCCUGAGUCAGCAAAAAGCUCUCGAGAAAGAGGCCUCGACGGCUAGCCACAACGUGCCUCACGGCACGUCUUCGAAAACCGCGCCGUUUCAGGCCGCGACUCUGCUAGUUUCAGCUUUCUUGUUCUCAGUCCGUGCGCAAAAUUGCUGCAGGUGAUAAUGUCGAAUCUGGAAAGCGUGGUUUAUCACCGCGCAUUGUUUCACGAAAAGAAAAAAAAUGAGGCGAAUAAUGUAACGAUUUAUUCUGCUUGAUUCUGUGUCAUUUCUUGCCCGCCACGCGCUCUUGUUUUCACUAUUCACGGCCGGCCGAUCCCGCUGACAGCGAAUGCGGUGUGCCGCUGUGACCAGCGAUGGGGGGCGAUAAGGAAUGGCGUUAGGGCAUGAUCGUUGCAUUAUCAAUCCCCUUCUCCUUUGAGAUUGGACAAACAAAGGAGCUAUUCUGGAACUGUCCAUCUAAUGAACAUGUCCACUUCAGCCUGACGUCAUCAGAGCUCGCUCCGUUGCUGCAAAAAGCGGCAAGCCGGGGCGUAAUCGCACUGGUGCGUUAAAAGGGAGGCCGCGUUACACCGAACUCGAGAGACUAACGCAAUCACAGAGUCAGUGUUAAUGCAUGGCCUCCGAGAUUCGCGCGGCCAUUCCGUUUCUCUCAUUUAUGUCGAGAGUUGCGGAAGCUCCAUCGUGUCAAGAUGACGUUGUGGAAGAAGAACCGAAAAACAGAGGGCGCGCUGCUCGUCAAGCUCUGGCCGAUCAACGGCGACCGAAUUGGACAGUCCACUAAAUGGACGCUUUGAGACUAGCUCCUCAACUAACUUUCACUGCAAAUUUCACUCACACCAUAAAUCGGAGAGGUGUUCAUUUAACUUUCAGAAUAUUAUCAAGAACACCGAUGAACAGCGUCAUAAGUUUCGAGUUGAUUUCUGAGAUAGGCAUCAUAAACACAUCAUAAAGCAAUAUACGUUCGGUCUCGUAGAUCUGGUGUCCUACUCAAACAGUGGCUUUGGCAAAUAGCACAAUUCGACAAUGACACAGUCCUAGCCGUCAAGCUGCAUCACUCCAGGACGCGCACAUUACUUGCAAAGAAAAUUCAUAACGCCGACUUGAAGAGUUAACAAAAUUUCAUUAAGCUUCUGCAUAUUACUUUGUAACACAUACUUCAACCUUAUUAUAGCAAAUGAGUUAACACGGCAUGCGUCUACUUGAAGCUAAUUCUCGGGAUGGCACUGCUUUCGAGAUAAUUUUUCUCCAAGUUUGCGAUGGAGUAAAUAAACAAUCCAUUUGUUUUCUUUCUUUUUUUACUUUGAUUUAUAAAACAGUGUCUCGCUAAGAAGUUAAGUGGAACAGCAGUGCAUCUUAUUACCGCGUGUUUCAUAGCGCAUAUACCGAAAUCGGUGCCAACCCUCAAUUUCUUCCAAGUGGACAUGCCUUGCAAACUUCCCGAUGAAGUGAUUAGCUCAAAUCUAAUAAUUAUUAACUGUAGGAGAUUAACGUCCCAAAAUCGCAAUAUGAUAUGAACCACGAAAUCUAGUCAUAGAAAUCGUGCUCAUUUAUGAAUCAUGCAUUUCAAUUUGUUGUGAAAGUAAUGUCUAUUUAUUUGAGCCACCUAGUUGAAGAAAUAUAACUUUACUAUCGCCCCGCAGGAGACAUUUAAAAAAAUUCGUUAUAGAUGGAUGGAUGGAAAGACUUUGUUAAAGUCCUUCGAAACGCGCUCUAGCACGUAGCGGGCAGCUACAAAGUCGGAACAGAAAGACCAAGUUUUUCUGCUGUGUCGCUGCCCGUUGGACCGCUCAUAGCGUAUGUAAAAAAAUAAUAACAAAUAAAUAACUUGUAUAGCCCAGGUACAAUGUGCUGACGGUUUUUAAAAGUCUCGCAAAAGUUAUUAGUGGUGUUAAAAAGAACUGGUUACUCUUUGCUUAUAUUAUGGAGCCAGUGUACCAAGACGUUCUCGCUCGU